AUGAAUUUGAAAUCAUCUAAUAUUUUUCUUACAUUGUUCUUUACUAUGAAUUGGUUAGUAGCAACCGUUUUUUGUUAUAAACCAAGUUCACGACUAUAUCAAAGUAGUGUUCUGAUUGGCUACAAGAUUUAUUAUUUUGGGGGUGUAGGAAAGAAUGAUGCAUUUUUUAUUAAUAUAAAUACUUUAGAAUAUAUUGCCGUUGCCAAUAUCCCCGUUAACAUUUACCAAUCGUCUUCAGUAGUUCAUCCUAAAGAUGAAAAUAUUUGUUUAUUGGUUGGAGGUUUAGCAUACGAACCAGGUUCAUCUAGUCUUGUAAGUCCAAAUAAAGUCUAUAGAUUUGAUACCGAAAAAUCCAAAUGGUCCGUAGUAGAAACUUCCAAUAAACCUUCCGUGUCCUCAAGGCUCCAUUUGAAUGGAGGUGUCUCAGAUAAUAAUGGAACUAUGUAUUUUUUUGCUCACCCAGAUUAUUCAGCUGAUUCUUUUAUUAAGCUUGAUAUUAAUAUGAUGUCUUGUGGAGAUUGUAGUAUGAAAGAUCUUUUGUUUUUUGAUAUCAAUUCAUCAAAAUGGUCUACAGCUACUGCGCAAGGUGAAAAUAUUGAUGGUCGUAUCUAUCAUACCGCUGUAUUAACGAGUGACGAUCGUCUUAUUAUUUAUGGUGGCCGUUCUAGUCUGGAUGAGGAUGGGGGAUAUCCUAAUCCUACUCUAGCAGUAUUGAAUAUAGAAUAUUCAUCCUAUAAAUGGUCUAUUCCAAGUAGUGAUAAUAAAUCUCAUCCACCCCUAACUGGUCAUUCAGCAACUAUUUACAAAGAACAAGAAGAAAAAAGGGAACAAAUGUAUAUUGCAUUUGGUAAAUGA